AUGUGUCGUUUUCAGUACUAUCCGGUUAUGCUGGAUGGUCGGUUUUUGGGCUAUAUACCGAUUAAAAAAGCCGUAUCCAUUGAGAGGCAGCUUCGCUGUAUCAAAACCGAUGUGAAGGACACUAGAGUGCCAUGCGUGGCUGAGAUAGCCCUAAUUCGUCGAUCAUUAGACAUGAAAAACAUUCAAACCCAGUAUCCUGGCUUGUACAUACUUACUGAUCCAGCACGUUUGAUACGACCUGUACGGAAUCUUUUGACUGACUCAGUGGAAUUUAUCGGUACUUUCGAACAAGUCUACCUUUCGAUAGUGAUAGAUCCAGAUGAAGCAGAGCCAGGCGUCACCUUUCACCAAGAAUUGCACCCUAGUUGCUUGUUUUCUUUUGCAGGAAAUCUCAUUCCAUUCCCAGACCAUAAUCAAUCACCACGAAAUGUGUAUCAGUGUCAGAUGGGUAAACAAACUAUGGGAACUGCGGUACAUGCAUGGCAUACGAGAGCUGACAAUAAGAUGUACAGAUUACAGUUCCCACAAAGUCCCUUGCUGAAAUUGGAAGCAUAUGAGCGUUACGAAAUGGAUGAGUAUCCUCUAGGAACAAAUGCUUGCGUGGCUGUCAUCUCUUAUACAGGUUAUGACAUGGAAGACGCUAUGGUGAUAAACAGAGCCUCUUUCCAGCGAGGUUUUGCUCAUGGAACUGUUAUUAAA